CGAGUCCUUAACGCUGGCGCAGGGAAGCUCCCGCUGGAGGCCGUGCAGGUGGUGCUGGAGGAGCUCCGCAAGCAAGGGAACCUGGAAUGGUUAGAUAAGAACAAAUCCAGCUUCCUGAUCAUGUGGAAGAGACCAGAAGAAUGGGGAAAGCUCAUCUAUCAGUGGGUGUUGAAGAAUGGCUUGACAAAUUCUGUAUUCACACUGUAUGAAUUAACCAGUGGAGAUGAUACAGAGAAUGAAGAGUUCCAUGGCUUGGACGAGUCUAUGCUGCUUCGUGCCCUGCAAGCCUUGCAGCAAGAGCACAAAGCUGAAAUUAUCACGCUGGAUGAUGGCCGAGGCGUCAAGUUCUUUUAAUAGGAACCCUUUCCCUUCCACUCUUCUCUGACUGCUGAAGCAUUUCUAGUUGUGAAGGUUCAACCUCCUGGCCCGGUUUCAAGUAGUGACUGCAAGGAUUUCUUGGGGCAAGGAGAAUCUGCGAAGCCUUCCAAAGACAUGACAUUUCUUAGAAAUAUUCAGAGAUGCUCUGUCUGUCUUUUCUCCCUGUUGAUUUCUGUUUGAGAGGUUAAAGCUGCUCUGAGCAGAUCCAAAAGGGACCACCCUAGAAGUGGAGUGGAACCACUCCUGUUACUGAUCGCUGUUCCUAGGAAAGCAGCCGGAGCGGGUUCUGCAGCUGGCUAGUCAAGCUUGGCCUUAAGGGCAACUCCCUCCCACCUUCCACUCAUGCACUCGGGUCCUGCAGUCCUUGUUGCAUUGCUAAGUGUAGUGGAAGCCAGCAUACAGAACUCCCUGUAGCUGCUGUGGUAUGUAAGAGCUCAACAGAAGAAUGAUAUGUGCUUGCUGGAGAGCAGGCUGUGCAGUGUGGAUGCCAAGGAACUAAUUUGGAAUAACUAAAAUAAGAUGGUAUUUACAGAGCAGCUUGAGUCUUUUUGUCUAUCUUUAUUUUCCAUCAGUAACAGGAUGGUGUACCAAGUUAUUGCCCUUUGUCCAUGUUGCCUUACUGCAGCAGCAUGCAGGGGAGGAGACGGGCCCGUCGUGACUCUGUCUGCGAAGCCGUCCCACCUGAUUUGGAAGCCAGUAGAACAAGUGCUUUUUUCCACAUGCCAGAGUUAUGGGCCAUCGGGGCUCUUACUGCCUACUAGUGUCUUCGAGGCAGAACUUAUUUUAAUUUUUUGUGUGCAAUCCAUUGAAAGCUAAUGGGUUUAUUACAGUCGUGGUGAGGUAAGCUCUGUAAAAAGGUGGGCUGGUAGAGAGUGUAACUAAUUUUUCAGAUCCUUAAUCCUGAUAGAGGUGUACACAGCUUAUCAGAAACCACGGCCCAGGUACAGCCUUUGACCCAAUAAAUUCCUAGUCACCGACCAAUGGAGGCUGGACAGCUGUAGCUGGGGAAGGAUCACACUCUGCUUACCCGUUCUUGUGUUCUUUGCCUAAGCAUUCGGUACUUAUUGCUCUCGGACAUAAGUUACUGGGCUAUAUCAGCCUUUAAUCAGGCCCGUUAUGGUCAUUCUUAUAAUUGUACAGAACAAAAAGCCCCUGCCCCUCUGGCAAGUUUUAGCUGUCUUUCCCCAGCCAGUGCUGAACAGUUUGUCCUUCCCUGCCCUGCUUUUGGAGAACUCUUCAGCACUCGUUCAGCCGCAGCGCUGCUGACAGCCAUUGUCAACAGUGGGUAAUUUUCAGUGUGGACAAGAUGCCAGAGUCCAGACUGAGUUUGUGGGACUGUGAAGAUAAAAAAUCUCCUGUCUGAAGCAGCAGCCUUUUGACUUGGCGUCUGUGCAAGGUGCUGUCUUGGUUUGUAGCUGUUUGCUUGCAGGCACGUCACUCCUGAACUGCGCUUGGAGACUAGUUAUAAACGUUCUGCUCCGUCGCUGGUGACAGCAGUGCUGUUCCUUGUUGCUGGUAGAGGAAUUCCUGUGUGCCAGCACAUCGCUGCCGGAACAAGGCACCAUUGGCGUUAGUGCCGCGUUCUUGUCUCGUUGGGCUGGGGUCAUUUCUACAGGAACUCUUGAGAGUAAACAGAUAGCGCAGCACACAGUGACAUGCCUGCCUCCCAUCAGCACCACUUGGCGGUUUGAGGAGAGCUCUAAUUGGUUUUGCAUGCCGUACUUUUUAACCCCUACUGUAGCAUCUCCUUCCAUCUCAGUCAAGUGUCUGUCCGGCCUGCCUGGCUUGUGAGUCCCUGUUAAAGCUAUGGAAGAAGUUCAGAGAUGGGAUGAACGUGGUAUUCUUCUGUGCCUGACCAUGUGUUGCUUAAUCUGUAAAGUGGAUGGAUACAUCCUCGAAACAAAGAUGACAAGGUCUGUCUUGGCGUACAUGCCGCGGUGCACUGUCCACCAGGUGACGUGUGACUGUGGCUCAGCAAAACUAGUUCUCCGCAGCCGCAGCCAGCAAUGUCUGCGGAAGGGAAGGCCGGCGCAGACUCUGCCAGGCUGCGUGCCGGGGGCCUCGUGGAGCGUCCCAGCAGAGGGAGCACGGACGCUCCUGGUAGCCUGCCAGCCCGCUUCACAGCACCUCUGUGCUGGACUGCGCCUGUAUCACGGGUCUCUGCUGAAACCAGGAUCCUCCCUGUGCGUUCGUUCGCGGUGCAGGCUGCAGCCAGGGAAGUCUCUGCGUAGGAAUUGUCUUGUACCAGUGUCUACUCUGCGCUUGUCAUGGUGUCCAAGAGCUGCUUCUCCUUCCCUUUUCACGCCGCUCGUGUUGAGUCUUCCCCUCUCUUGCUGCCGUGCCCUCUCCUCUUGCUGCUCUUGCACCCGCUGCAGCAAGCUGUGUUUCUGUGCUGGCUAUUCUGUGUACCAGGUGGCACCCGCUUUCAACCUUGAAUAAUGAGUCUUUAUCAGAUAGGCCCAGGACGUUUGUAUUUCUUGCUCUUCGUAUAGGUGUUGUCUACCCCUCAGCACCGUGUUCUCUUAUUGAGUUGCAUUUGCCGAAUGUAACCUUGAUCUCCUUGAGUGAGUCUGUGUUCUUAAUUAAAUUUGUUCCCUUCUUAGGAAAUGGCUGAUGUGACAUUAGAUAAACCUAAACUAGCCUUUUUCUUUCCAAGGCACUUCUGGCAGUCAGUCACUGCUUUUUCAGCUUCCUACUUAGCUGCUUACUCAGUGGGAAGAGGUAGAAGAACAUGCUUCCCCCCUCCUUGCAUGGUAUACAGCGCCUUCUUCCGCACUUGUGUGCGCAAUCACCCUCUCUGUCAAUUGCAACAGGUCGCAUCUCGCCAUGCCUGCCGGUUCCUUGCGCGAUGGACUGCCGGUUGUCCUCUGUGCAAGUUUUCUGCUGCCGCGUGAUACAGGCAUUGCUGCAGUGGCAAUGAAGGGCUCGCGCAAAUGCUGCCUUUGUGUCAGAUUAUCUGACUGGCUUACGUGUGUGGGAAGAGUGGAGAGACUGAAACAGCAGCCGCUAGCUGGUGCUGCCAUGUCUGGAGGAGACCAGACACUCGCUGGCCGUCCCUUAUGAUGACGGUGACAGUGGCAGUUUGCAGCUUCGGUGAUGUAAGGACCUGCCAGCAGCUGAAAACAAAGCUUUUUUUAUCGUC